AUGCCAGCAUGGGAAACACACCACCUCUUUCUGGCCGUGGCAUCUGGAGCCAUCCUCGCCUACACCCUCGCGAAAGCUCGCCAACACUACACCACGACUGAUCUCUCCACUUCCCCUGCGUUACUACACUCCCAUUCCGACAACCCUCAAUCAUCAGAACCAACCCCACCACCCUCAGCAUCCCCCUCACUCGCCUCCACCAUCGGCCACACCCCCCUGGUCCUCCUCCCCACCCUCUCCCGCCUCACGCAAUGCUCCAUAUACGCCAAACUCGAACUCCUCAACCCCGGCGGCAGCCCCAAAGACCGCGUCGCCCUCUCCAUCCUCACCUCCCUCGCCACCAACCCUUCUCCCAGUAGUGACACCAACACCAACCCCCCACCCCUCCUCCAGCCCGGCGACACCAUCUACGAAGGCACCGUCGGCAGCACGGGCAUCAGCCUCGCCACCCUCGCCCGCGCCCAAGGCAUCCACUGCCACAUCAUCAUGCCCUCAGACCAAGCCAUCGAGAAGUCCAACCUGCUGCGCAAGCUGGGCGCCAAAGUCACGCGCGUGCCGCCCGCGCCCAUCGUCGACCAGAAGCACUUUGUCAACGUGGCGCGCCGCCUUGCCGCCGAGCACACACGCGCGUUCGAGGCGGGCAGCACGUCCCUGCUGCUGCCGGACGGGCAGGCGAUCGCUGUGCGCGGGCGCGGCUGGUUCGCGAAUCAGUUCGAGACGGACGCGAACUGGCGCGCGCAUUUUGAGGGGACGGGCCCGGAGGUGUGGGCGCAGAUGGCGGGGAGGGUGGAUGCGUUUGUGGCGGGUGCGGGGACGGGGGGCACGGUCAGUGGGGUGGGAUUGUUCUUGAAGGAGAAGGACGAGGCGUGUAAAGUGGUACUGGCGGAUCCGCAGGGGAGUGGGCUGUAUAACAAGGUUAGGAACGGGGUGUUUUGGAGCGAGUAUGAGCGAGAGGGCACGAGGCGGCGCAGUCAGGUCGAUACUGUCAUAGAAGGGAUUGGACUGGUAAGGAGCACGCGGAAUUGGGAGGUGGGGAGUGAGAAAGGGGUGGUGGAUGAUGCGGUGAAGGUGACGGAUGCGCAGGCGAAGAAUAUGGCGCGGUGGUUGGUGGAGCAUGAGGGGUGGUUCGUUGGGGGGAGUAGUGCGGUGAACUGUGUUGCUGCAUUGAAGACGGCGUUGGAGCUGGGACCGGGCCAUAGAAUCGUGACGAUACUGUGUGACAGUGGUAUGCGGCAUUUAUCGAAGUUUUGGGCACAGAUAGGCGAUCCUGGCGGCGAGACCAAGGUGGAAUUGGACGACAUACUGUCGGGGAGGGAUCUGAGAGAGCGUGGCGAUAACGAAACAGUGUCGGGCGACAUCAAUGCCCCGUAG